AUGGAUCGUGGGACCGACCCAAGACGUUCAGACUACAGGACCUACCGCUCGAAUUCUUACACCUCAGAUCGCGAUAGUACAUACUCUGCUAACUCGUCUCAUUAUUCCUCUUCCACAAGAAAUUAUGUUAGUGGUAGUGGAGUUGGCGGCGGCGGCUCAACAAGUAAUAGUAAUGACUACCAUUCGCGGGAUCCGCCGUUACCACCACCUCCUGUUUCUCGGUAUGCUGAACGCGAAGAUCCACCCUAUACCGCGUUUAGAGGACAAGUCCCUUCGUAUUUGAUGUCGUCUUCAUCAUCUUCGAGAGAUACAAGACCUCCUUUACCACCUAAUCCUCCACCACCACCAUAUGAUCGAAGACCUUCUCAUCGUGGAGCAACACAACCAUAUUACCAUCCUUAUCCGAAUUCAAGAAACAAUGCCUCGAUGCAGCAUGGUGGAAAUGGACAUCAUCAACACCGUCCUCACAAUAAUUAUUAUACGCCAGUGCGACCGGUGCCGCUUCCACCAAUUGCACCAGAACAAGAGGAAAAGCUUGCUCGAUAUCGUCAAGAGUCUGCGAGAUUGAAUGAAGCUGCUGAAAAGCUUAACGAAAGUGUCAAAAAAGCAAAAUGGGAAGUAACGAAAGCACAGUGGAUGGUCGACAAGGAGAUUCACAAGACCCAGACUACGAUUCAACAAAUUGAACGACUUGGUCCAAUUGAAGUUCCUGAACAGCCGGUGAUUGACGGUCUUCCAUUGCUUCUAUAA